CUGUGCAGACACCGGUUUAUGUCCAACCGGCGUCAGCUAUCAAAAAAGGCACGAAAUGGCACAACUUGUACAAGUGUCACAAGUGCCACAAAUGGCAGAAAUGGAUAUGCUCUAUAGUAUGGGCCCUGCUGCCAGUGUCCCAACUGUUCAUUUUGUUUUAAUGAUCUUUUUGCAGUUAUUUAUGCGAGUUGGGCACCACAGCCAUAAGUUGGGUGCAGCAGCCAUAGGGAAUUGUUCAAACCCAUGCCGUAUCACAAUGGAAGUCCUCAAACUUUGGAGAGUCACCAGUCCUUCUGGACUCCACCGUGUGCCCGUUCCCAAAGCGAUGUCCUUUUUGUCUUUCAAUGGCAACAGUUUGAGCAAACUUCAGGAGGGCUCACUUUCACGUACGCAUGGGGACUUGUCAAGUAAUAAAAUCCAGACCACUGAGAUGAAUUCACGUGAAGCUGUCCCGUUUGUGCAGCUUAUAGACCUCAGCGGCAAUCUUAUUGAGAAGCUCACUCCUGGGGCAUUCGAGGCCCGGCAUGGAAUGCAGUUUUUGCUCAAGAUGGUUCUCAACCAUCAUCCGCUGAAAGUCAUUGAUGAUGCCAGUUUUUACAGGCUUCCCUCACUGAAGCUUCUAAACCUUAGUUCUACAGAAAUGACCCCAAAGAUAUUAGAGGACCUGCUCCAGACCUCCCAGCAAUUGAAGACUCUCAUCUUGCCUAACAAGAUAUUCUGCUGUCUUUGCCGUAUGAAGGAUGACAUUGAAGUUUUGUCUGAUACGAUAAAGUUGGACUGCACCGACACAUGUACCACAAACGAAACUCUCUGCGAGAAAGAUGAGGCUUUGAACAGGAUGCAAAAAGAAGUAAUGAAGGCAUUGGAAAUCAGGAAGCUGAAUGCCAGCAGUACACUGAACAUUGUGCCUGAGAAACCUUUACACAGCAACAUAACAAUGAAGGUCACCGUGAGGCAGAGAAACACCAAUUUAGGUGAACUCAACCCACACCUUUUGAAAUCGGUCCAGGAAUUAGAGAAAGAUGAGGCUUUGAACAGGAUGCAAAAAGAAGUCAUGAAGGCAUUGGAAACCAGGAAGCUGAAUGCCAGCAGUACACUGAACAUUGUGCCUGAGAAACUUUUACACAGCAACAUAACAAUGAAGGUCACCGUGAGGCAGAGAAACACCAAUUUAGGUGAACUCAACCCACACCUUUUGAAAUCGGUCCAGGAAUUAGAGAAAGAUGAGGCUUUGAACAGGAUGCAAAAAGAAGUCAUGAAGGCAUUGGAAACCAGGAAGCUGAAUGCCAGCAGUACACUGAACAUUGUGCCUGAGAAACUUUUACACAGCAACAAAACAAUGAAGGUCACCGUGAGGCAGAGAAACACCAAUUUAGGUGAACUCAACCCACACCUUUUGAAAUCGGUCCAGGAAUUAGGUAAGCUGAAACCUAAAGAGGUCCUGCAAAUCAAGUGGAAUGACACGUCUGAACUGAAAAAGCUGUACAUGCUGGCCAAUUUGCUACAGAUGGCACUCAGAGAACAAGUUACAGAAGAUUUGAUAAGUUACAUUCUUAUCAUUCUGAAACAUGUCAGGGAGUCAAGCCAGCAAGACCGCUCUCUGCAUGAGGAAGAAACAGCGGCUCCCAGUACCACUACCACCACCACUACCACCACCACUACUACCACUAGCACCACUAGUCCCACUAGUCAGAGUUUGCUGCUGGAGGGUACGUCCAGCUCUUCCCAAAAUGAACCUAGUGAAGGAAACUCAGAGCAGACAUCAGAGAAUGCACCAUUAAUGGCAAAGGAGGCGCUGCUCAACCAGCUCACGCGUGGAACUCAGGAAGGUGGUGUGCCCCAAAUCCCAGGAGAUAACGCAGAGGCACCCCAAAUCCCAGGAGAUGACACAGAGGCCUCCCAUGAGACACACUGGGAGCAUCAUGAAGUGAAGACCACUGCUCGCCACAAGCUGAACAUCUUGCCCACUGAUGAUGACUACUUGCUUCAAGGGGACCUUUUUGAAGCUGAGCUGAACAAGCGGCUAUCGCCCCUUAUCCCAAACACACCAGUGAGGAACCUCAUAUCCCACACACUCCGUAUCCUCAAAAUGGACUGUACAGUGUCCAGGGUCCAGUUGGCCUGUGCUACGCUAAUCUCCAGAACAGGUCUCCUCAUGAAACUAUUCAGUGAGAGAGAAAACUUCAUGGAUAACUCCGCCUUGUGGAAGUCAUACUUCUUGUCUAUGAAGUAUGUCUCCAACUUGGCCACAGGAAGUCCAAGAAAAAUGGGGAAAUCUGAAAUUGGAAGCCAGGGAAUCCCAGAAUAUGGCUAUGGCAAAAAGCUGUUGUUUGCUAUUUCAGUGACUGCAGUGAUAAUAAUCAUCAUUUCAGUAAUUGGGCUGAUUGAGUCUUCCAGUGCAGUUUCUUCAAUGCUCGAUAAGCCUCUUUGGCUCAAGUAUAUGUACCAGCUUCUGGAUGAAGUACGGAAAAAGAGCAUGGUGGACAAAAUGCACGAUGAAGAAUCCUCUGAAGACGAGGAUAUAUUCAGCUGGGCAAGAGUUCCCGGAGCUCCACCAGGUCCACCAAGCCCAUCACCGGUAGAACAACCGCCUUCAAGAAGGCCCAGCUCAAGAAAAAUGGAGUGCAUUCCAAAGUUUUGGGGUGGCCACAGAGGGGGCCGAACUCUGAGUUGCCACCGGACACGCCGGUGUCAGUUGUGGGCCGACCUCCACAGAUGAUCUUAAUGAGCGGUGGGGCUCUUGAAGUAGAAGGAAUAAUGUGCCACAAGGAAUAAGCUCAUGAGAAUAAUUACAGCUCCUGAAGCCCCAAGUGCUUCUCUGCAGAGAAUCUGUUGCACUCCUACAUGACUCACUGCUCGGGCACUGCCUCUGGGGAGGGGAGACCCCACUGAGGGCAGGCGAUCCUGUCAUGUUGGAGCUGUGUCACUCCCAGUGCAGUGGCAUAGAAGAACUCCCCAGCCUGAGAGGGGCUGCCUGCUUGUUGCAUCUCCGCAAGUCACCACUCUGAGCUUCCAGUCAGCAGGCUCCCCUAGCCACUAGCGUCAUGAUACAGGCAGUGGCCCAUGGCCAGAUUUUUUGAUGCCUCU